AUGCCUUCGCUAAACGGAAAACCCGAUGUUAUGUUUGAGGACGAUGAUCUCCCUUAUGAAGAAGAGAUCAUCAGGAACCCAUACUCGGUCAAGUGCUGGAUGCGUUACAUCGAAUUCAAGCAGAAUGCAGGAAGAUCCACCCUGAACAUGAUCUAUGAGAGGGCUCUGAAGGAGCUGCCUGGCAGCUAUAAGCUGUGGUACAAUUAUCUGAGAGAGAGACGGAAACAAAUCAAAGGGAAAUGUGUCACUGAACCAGGAUAUGAAGAGGUCAAUAAUUGCCAUGAAAGGGCAUUAGUGUUCAUGCACAAGAUGCCGAGACUAUGGCUUGAUUACUGCCAGUUUCUUGUUUCUCAAUGCAAGAUCACAAGAAGUCGGCAAACAUUUGACCGUGCCCUCAGAGCUCUUCCUGUUACACAGCAUCCACGUAUCUGGCCUCUGUAUCUCCGCUUUGCCCGUAACCUGCCCCUGCCUGAGACAGCCAUUCGGGUGUAUCGCAGGUACCUUAAGCUUUCCCCGGAGAAUACAGAGGAAUACAUAGACUACUUGCGUACUGUUGGCCGCUUGGAUGAAGCAGCUUUGCGACUAGCAGCUGUUGUCAAUGACGAGAGCUUUGUGUCCAAAGAGGGCAAGUCUAACUAUCAGCUGUGGCAUGAGCUCUGCGACCUGAUCUCCCAGAACCCUGACAAAGUGACAUCUCUGAAUGUCGGAGCCAUCAUCAGAGGAGGCCUCACUCGCUUCACAGACCAACUUGGAAAACUCUGGUGUUCAUUAGCUGACUAUUACAUCAGGAGUGGUCACUUUGAGAAGGCUCGUGAUGUUUAUGAGGAAGCCAUCCUCACGGUGGUAACUGUAAGGGAUUUCACGCAAGUGUUUGAUAGUUAUGCCCAGUUUGAAGAGAGCAUGAUCGCAGCUAAGAUGGAGGCCACUGCUGAGAUGGGAAAAGAUGAAGAGGAGGAUGUAGACAUGGAGCUUAGACUGGCCCGCUUUGAGCAGCUGAUAGCCCGGCGGCCGCUCCUGUUGAACAGUGUUCUACUGCGACAGAACCCUCAUAAUGUACAUGAGUGGCACAAGCGGGUUAAACUGUAUGACGGCAAUGCACGGCAGAUCAUCAACACGUACACAGAGGCAGUGCAGACGGUGGAUCCAAUGAAGGCCACCGGGAAGCCUCACUCUCUCUGGGUUUCCUUCGCUAAAUUCUAUGAGGAAAAUGAGCAGCUUGAGGAUGCCCGGACCAUUUUUGAGAAGGCUACUAAGGUGAACUACAAGCAGGUUGAUGACCUCGCUGCGGUGUGGUGUGAAUAUGGAGAGAUGGAGCUUCGCCAUGAGAACUAUGAACAGGCACUGCGUAUACUGAGGAAAGCUACAGCCAUCCCAUCCAAGAAGGCUGAGUACUUUGAUGUAUCUGAGCCGGUCCAGAACAGAGUUUACAAGUCCUUGAAGGUCUGGUCCAUGCUGGCGGACUUGGAGGAGAGUCUCGGCACUUUCCAGUCCACAAAAGCAGUGUAUGACCGGAUCAUUGACCUCCGCAUCGCCACACCACAGAUCAUCAUCAAUUACGCCAUGUUCCUCGAAGAGCACAACUACUAUGAGGAAAGCUUUAAAGCAUACGAGCGAGGUAUUGCUCUCUUUAGGUGGCCGAAUGUUUAUGACAUCUGGAACACUUACCUCACCAAGUUCAUCGAUCGUUAUGGGGGCAAGAAGCUGGAAAGAGCUAGGGAUUUAUUUGAGCAAGCCCUCGACGGCUGCCCUGCCAAGUUUGCCAAGACCAUUUACCUGCUGUAUGCCAAACUGGAGGAGGGAUAUGGAUUGGCACGACAUGCCAUGGCCGUCUACGAAAGAGCAACGCAGGCAGUAGAUGAUGGGGAACGACAUACCAUGUUCAAUAUAUACAUCAAAAGAGCAGCUGAGAUUUAUGGAGUCACGUACACAAGAGCCAUCUACCAGAAAUCUAUUGAGGUCCUUCCUGAUAUGCAUGCCAGGGACAUGUGUCUGCGGUUUGCCGACAUGGAGAGUAAACUCGGGGAAAUUGAUCGGGCCCGAGCAAUCUACUCCUACUGCUCCCAGAUUUGUGACCCACGGGUGACCGCAACUUUCUGGCAAACAUGGAAAGAAUUUGAGAUCCGCCAUGGAAAUGAAGACACUAUUAGAGAAAUGCUAAGGAUCAAACGCAGUGUCCAAGCCACCUACAACACCCAGGUCAACUUUAUGACCUCUCAGAUGAUGAAGGCCACAACAAGCUCCACAGUGUCCGAUCUUGCUCCAGGCCAAAUGGGAAUUGAUGACAUGAAAAUGCUGGAACAGAAAGCACAGCAGCUCGCUGCAGAGGCCGAGCAGGACAAACCCAAGCCCAAAGAGAAAAUUCUCUUUGUCAGGAGUGACACCUCUCGCACUGAGUUGGCUGAACUUGCCAAACAAGCUAAUCCUGAUGAGAUCGACAUCGGUGAUGAUGAUGAAGAUGAUAAUAACCAGGGACCAGAAGAGGUGCAGCUUGAACAGAAGAGUGUCCCUACAGCUGUCUUUGGAGGGCUUAAAGAGGACUGAAAGAUAUCUUCUUCACUCAAUUUUUUCAAAGAUGCAAUCUUCUAUUUUAUGUUGAUACAUUAAAUAUGCUCCAUAUUUUAAUGUGUGUAUUUGCUUAGUUGUAUCCACUUUAUUUUAAAAAUAAUUUGACAUGAGUCAGAAACAGAAUGGCUUCAUUUUUUGCCUUCUGUGGAAUUGUGUAGUACAGUUAAGAGAUAUGAACCUGUAUUACUAUUGGCCAUAGGGUGUCAGUCUUUCUCAAGUUUGAAGCUCAGGGUAGUUUUGCUCAAAUCCUAUAUUGAGCAGUUUUCUAUGAUGAAACACCUAUAUGCGGUUACGGGAUAACUGUAAUUGAAGUCUUUUUGAGUUUGACUUUACUUCCAGGCAACAUUUUGAAAAAAAUAGUUAAGAAAAAAACGUUUGUACACCUUUAUAAAUGCAGAGAAAUCUUCUCUGACGUAGAGAUCUGCCCUGGAAAACACAAGGGGGAGGAGCCUAGUUUCUCUCAACAUUAGGCAUUCAUUUGAAAGUGGAGCUGAGCAUUCAAGCCUCACAUUGUUGGUUUGAGGAUCACUAGUAUGGGACUCUGUGAUCCUGAAAAGAUGACUUAAAUUGUAUACAUAUGUCACGAAUUUCAAAAUCAUACUCUGGCUGCAGUGUUAUGUCCAAGUACACUUACAUAAAACCAGAGCUUGCAUGAAAGUUGAACAUUAGAAAGGCUGUAAAAUAUUUUUGAAACUACAUGAAUUGUUACUAUUGAAUUGCCUUGCUUUCAGUUCCUAACCGAUUUUUGUAAUAGGUGCAGCUGUUAAACUUUACUAGCAGAUAAUGUUUGCUGCUGUAUUGAUGCUGUAUAAUGUAUUUCAUAUGGUGUUGAGUGUCUACUCGUGACCAGUCAGACAUUUUGGGUUAACAUUUUUUUAAAGUUCUCCUUUCACCACAGCAUAAUGUUUUUCAAUUAUGGAACACCAGUUCUUAAUUGACAGGCUGGUCUCUGCAAAUGUCUAAAACUUAUUUUCUCAUUGUCUUGAAUCCUAUUGUAAUAAAAAAAAAAAACGAUUUAUACCUGUUAAA